AUGGCAUCGGCGUCUUUACCUGAGGCGUGCCAGGACUACCAGAAGGAAUGUGAGGCUGCCAUCAACCAGCAAAUCAGUCUCGAGCUUCGCGCCUCAUACACUUACCUCUCCAUGGCCUGUCACUUCAACCGCGAAGACGUGGCCUUGAAGAAUUUCGGUGCCUACUUUAUGCGGCUGUCAAACGAGGGCCUUGACUAUGUGGAGUCGCUGAUGCAGCUGCAGAAGCAGCGCAAGGGUCGCAUCCAGCUGGGUGACAUCGCGAAACCUGAUGUGGACGACUGGUGCAGCCCAAUAUUCGCCAUGGAGUACACCUUUAACCUGCAGCAGAACAUCAACCUGAGCCUCCUGGACCUGCACUGGGCCGCCACCGAGCAGGAUGACAAGCAGCUGUGUGACUUCCUGGAGAUCCGCCUCCUGCAGCAGCAAGCCAAGACUAUCAACGAGCUCGGCAACCACCUGAUCCAACUGCGCCUUCUGCGGGACCAGGACUUCUGCCUGGCUGAGUACCGCUUUAACAAGCUCAAUCUUGAUGACGGCAACACGGAGAGCUGCCCCAUGGACACAGAGUGA